GGGAGUCUCGCAAUCACAGAUCUGCAGAUCACGCACGUAAUUUCCUGGACGGUCACGCGUAGUGUAGCUCAGCCUUUAGAGCUACCUAAUUAGCGCACGCAGGCGGAUCUCGACAACCACGCCAACCAGUUGAAUCCCAACAACUGGCGCUUCAAGCCCAAGCUUCGCGGCCGGUGAACGCCACCUUUGAGAUCGUUCGUCAGCAGGUUGCCAGGGGAAGAGGUCGGGUAUGCCUGAGCUGUGCCCUUGGCCUUGAUCGAGCGGGGGGGGGGGGGGGCGGGUUCAGGGUUAUUCAAUUUUCAUUGAAGGGUACGAUGCCGCUAGUCACUGCUGAAAAAGUCAUCAGAAAAUAGCUCAGUCUUCCUCUAUGAGCUGUCAUGACCGGGAAACGUAGCACCGUGCCGACGUAGCAAUGUCCCUGCCCGAGCAGCUUCUGAUUCCGCCCCCCGGACCAGUGCGGUCGGCCCUGGCGCUCCUUCGCCUGCCCGUGUACUCGGCUGCCCCUUCCGUGCCGGGUUGAGUGGGAAGACCGUGCUGUCCGCGCGGUGGAUAGCAACAGCCAGACAGUGGGACAUCAGACAUGAGACAGAUACGAUAGCAAGUCCAGCCAGAUAGCGCGACAGAUAGCGGAUGACCUUCCUGCACCUAUCGGCCCGUUGAAGCUCAGUGGCAGGUGGCUCUGCGCCGGCGCGACCAGCCACGAUGGGGUGCGGCUGCUGCUGCGUGACGCUUUUGUCCGUGUCUGUGCUGGCGAUGUCCGGCACCCUGCUGGGGGUCGGGGUGAGCCGGCUCGCCGACACCGAGGCUCUGGCCGUGGCCCGACUGGACGGCGGGCAGUGUAUCUGGGCAGACUUCUGUGUGUCGAGCGACGUCUGGACGACCGUGUUUGGCGGCGCCGGCCUGCUGCUACUGCUGCUCAUCCUGCUGUCGUGCCAGUCUAAGCUGCUGCUCGCCGGCAUGCUACUGCUGCUGGCGUUCUUUUUCGUGGCUGCUCGUCUGGAUGACAUCACUGGUGAACCUGCCGGCGGGACGCUGGACCACGUCACCGCUACCAUGAACGCCUCGCUGGAGCAGUACCGGAACAAGUCGUCCAUCGCGCGCGACUGGGACCACGUGCAGCGAGCGCUGCGCUGCUGUGGACCCAGCGGCGCCGCCGACUGGGCGCCAGUGCUCGGCAACGACACGGUGCCGGACUCUUGCUGCGAGCGGGCCGCGGUGGCCAACUGCAGCUCCGCGGAGGGCGCGUUCAGCGCCGGCUGUGCGCCGGCCGUGCAGGCGCUGGUGGCCGGCCAGAGGCGCUGGUCCGUGGCGCUGGCCACGGCUACCGCCAGCCUGAUGUUGCUGAUCACCGUGACGCUAUGCAGCGCAGCAUCUGGCGACAGCCACGCAGAUACAUCGACGACUGAACCGCUUAUCGCCGGGCAUACGCAGGCGGAUCUCGACAACCACGCCAAUCAGUUGAACCCCAACAACUGGCGCUUCAAGCCCAGGCUUCGAGGCCGUUACUACCGGGGCACGUACUAACGACGUCGAUGCGAUCGGCAGAAGGUUGAAUGCUGAUUCCGGUCAGCAGGUUGGACUUUUGGCAUAUUGUAUAUAUAGCCAUAUAGUGCCUACAUACUAGACAUGCAUAUAUGUAGGUAUGCCUACAAACCAGGCACUGAAUGUAGGUAUACCUACUGCUAGAUCAUACUGGCUUCUUUGAUUUCGAGGAAAUAUCUACCUAUUUCUUUUUAGUUGAUGCACAAUUUUGAUGUCGGUGUUAUGUUCAGCUCUGAGUUCAUAUUGGCUUAAAUUGAUAUUUUGGCGUUCUUUAUAUUAUACCUAAUGAACACCUUAGCUGAUCUUAUGUGAGGAAUAACCCCAGUCGGUUAUGUGGUUCAAAAAAUUGUUUUCACGAUUUUUUCCGGGCCUGGGAAGGUGGGAUGGACAGAAGAGGCGGUGGGAUGGGUUGAGUCUCACGUGAUGUGAAUAGGAACUUGACCAUCGCUGUGAUCCAUAGCAAUACAAAUGCUUCGAACAUACUACAA